GCUCCAGAGGCGCAGCGGGCUCCGGGGAGCCGAGGUGCGAGUCACAGCGUUCAGACCUUUCGGCACCUGUCGCACACCUGUGCCUUCCUCGCAGCAGCGCUGACGUUGACUUACGGGUGACUCGUGACUCUUGGUCGGCUGGUCAUGGCCUACCCGGGAUACGGAGGAGCGUUUGGAAACUUCAGCGGUCAUAUUCCAGGAAUGCAGAUGCAAAUGGGCCAGCCAAUGCCAGGUCCCAGUAUGUUCUCUGGCGGUUACCCUGGGUACCUGGCCUACUCUGACAGCUACUCCCCUGCUGAUGACUCUAUGUGGACUUACUUCACAGCUGUUGCUGGACAGGAUGGUGAGGUGGACGCAGAAGAACUUCAGAGAUGCUUGACACAGUCUGGAAUUAGUGGAACUUACGCACCCUUCAGUCUGGAAACCUGCAGAAUUAUGAUAGCCAUGUUGGAUAGAGACUAUACAGGAAAAAUGGGAUUCAGUGAAUUCAAGGAGCUUUGGGCAGCUCUUACAGCCUGGAAGCAGAACUUCAUGACAAUUGAUCAAGACCAAAGUGGCUCUGUAGAACAUCAUGAGCUGAGUCAAGCCAUUGCUCUUAUGGGUUAUAGGUUGAGUCCUCAGACAUUAGCUGCUAUUGUUAAACGCUACAGCAAGAAUGGCAGGAUUUUCUUUGAUGACUAUGUGGCCUGCUGUGUGAAGCUUCGAGCCCUGACAGAUUUCUUUAGGCAAAGAGAUCACUUGCAACAGGGGAUUGUGAACUUCAUGUAUGAGGAUUUUCUACAGGGCACUAUGACAAUUUGAAAUCCUCGCAUUCAGAAGAAUGAAGAAAUAUUGAAGAAUCCGUCCAUUUCCCUGAAACGGACUGGACCACCUAAAGUGAAGAGUUUGAUGAACUUUUUUGUAUCCCUUGCUGUUAAAGCUCCCCUCUUCCCCUCCAGCCCUUCUGUCAUUUAACCUUAAAGCACAGUUCAAUGCAAUAACGUUUUGGGAUAUAUUAUUUUUGGAAAAGUUAUGGUGGUGCAGAUGUAUGCAUGCAGUCUUGAAAUGUUGCUAAGGAUAUGUAGCUAAUUCAUGUCAGCGUAUCUGAGCCUUAGUUCUGUUUUGUUUUUUAGCAAUAAUAGUGUAUAGGAAUGUAGUCACAUGACAGAUUGUCUAUGAAGCCAAAUAAUAAAAGUCUAGGUAAAACUUUAUUAUCUAAA